AUGGAGAGCCUCAGCAGCAUCUUGAAGCAAAAAGCAACAGAGAGGCAUCACAGAGCUGAGGUCAUGAUUGCAGGGGAGCAACUGAGGCUUCGACUCCAUGAUGGCAAGCUCAUUAAGGACAGGCGCUACCACCUUCGCACCUACCCCAAUUGCUUUGUUGCCAAGGAACUCACUGAUUGGUUGAUCGAUCACAAAGAAGCACCGGAUCGAGAAACAGGCAUCCGGCUGAUGCAGAAGCUCAUGGACCAUUAUAUUAUCCAUCAUGUUUGUGAUGAGCAUUUUGACUACAAGGAUGCCAAGCUGUUGUAUCGCUUCCGCAAGGAUGAUGGGACCUUCCCCCUCAACAAAGAUGUGAAGGUGUUCAUGAGGGGCCAGAGCCUCUAUGAAACGCUGAUCAGCGUGGAGGACCCGAUCCUGAAAGUCAGAGAGGAGAACUUGGUGAAGUACCAAAGGACUUUUCUGGCUUGUGAAAUGAUCGACUGGCUCGUCCAGGAAGGGGAGGCCGCCAACCGGAAAGAGGCUGUUGAGCUCUGCCAAGCCCUCCUUGAACACGGCAUCAUCCAGCACGUGGCUGCCCAGCAGCAUUUUUAUGAUGGCAACCUCCUCUAUCAGUUUCGCAUCAAUUUCCGCCGGAGGAGGCGCCUCACAGAGCUGCUCAGCGAGAACUCUCCCAAGGCUCUUUCGGACAGCCCAGACAGCCCCUUCUGUCUCCGGAAGCUCAACCCUGAGCAAAACAGUUCAAGCUUCUUGUCAGUUCAACCCAAUAAGGAAAUCAAAACAGUCUCAGCAGUGCGAAGGAGCAGCGUCACCUCUCUUGCUGGAGGAGCCAAUCCCUAUUUCAAUCUCUCCCCAAGUUUGGGGUUCCUGCCAGCUGUUGAAUGCAACCCCAAAUCUGUAUUAAAGAGGCCUAUCACCAAUGAGGAGCUUCUGACCCCUGGGGCACCAUACAUCAAGAAAACACUAACGAUUGUGGGUGAUGCAGUUGGCUGGGGAUUUGUGGUCCGUGGUGGUCAGCCGUGCCACAUCCAGGCUGUGGAUCCAGGAGGACCAGCUGCUGCUGCUGGCAUGAAGGUAUGCCAGUUUGUGUGUUCUGUGAACGGGAUGUACGUCUUACAUUUGGACUAUCAGACCAUUAGCAGCCUCAUCAUGACAGGACCUCGAACCCUUGUGCUGGAGAUCAUGGAAGCCAUUGAAUGA